GGAACAGCGUUUGCUGCUACUACCGUUUGUAAAUCAAAGCCGCUAAACAUCGACAAUGUUCAAGAUUAUCGUACUCACCGCUUAUCUCUUAGUGCUGGCUUCGGCUUACGAAGAUUAUCACAGUUAUCCUAAGUACAAGUUCGAAUAUGGAGUUAAGGAUUAUCAUACCCACGACCAUAAGAGUCAAUGGGAACAUCGUGAUGGGGACCAUGUGAAGGGAGAAUACACUCUGGAUGAAGCUGACGGAACGCAUCGUAUUGUUGAGUAUACUUCGGACCAUAAGACCGGAUUCCAGCCUCACGUUGAGCGCAAGGGACAUGCUCAUCAUCCCCAUCACGGAGAAAGCUAUGCCAACAUUCAUCAGCACUACUGA